AUGGGAGGAAGCUUACGUGUGCUUGGAGGUUCUUUCGGUAGUCCGGAUAUACUUGUUGGAAAAGCAGUUAACAUCAACGGUCGACCAUAUCUCUUCGAAAAUCGCUUAGGAUCGGGCGGUUUUGGUUCUGUCUAUGCAGCAAAAACAUCAAAUGGCAUGCAGGUUGCUGUCAAAGUUAUUAUGCUGGCUGGCACUAGACGUCCGGAGAUGGUAGGUCGUGUUCAAUCAUUUUUAAAUGAAGUCAUGCAGUUGAACCGUUUACGACAAGAAUCGUAUCAUGUUGUGGUUAUUUAUGAUUUCGGAUUUGAUGCUCAAACCGGUCAAGCAUACAUCGUGAUGGAAUUAGGUAAUGAGAAUUUAUCAACAUUGAUUAAACGACUGCGUGUGAUGAAUCAAAGUCGCGGUGUAGCAAUCGAUUCGGAAAUGAUUAAAGAGUUUUGGCGACAAAUGGUUAGUAUUGUUGGUUCACUUCACCGACAUGGGAUUGUUCACAUGGAUUUGAAGCCAGAUAAUCUGAUCCUUUUCGGAGUAACACUCAAAAUUGCUGACUUAGGCAUAUCAAGAAAAGCGGAUAGUUUAGGACAAGCUCGUUUGGGUACUCCAUUUUUCAGUGCGCCGGAAGUUAUGCAGGACAUACCUGGCAUUCAACGUUAUUAUAAUACAAAAGCGGAUAUUUGGUCACUGGGUGCGAUUCUUUAUUUUAUGGUCUACGGCCGGCCACCCAUGUAUCAACGUCAGGCUCAUCAACCUCCACGUGGAGAAGCAAUUUAUCCGGAUCAUGAAUUAAAUGAUAUGCUUCGCCGUACUUUAGUACUUGACCCAAAUUAUCGAGCUGAUAUAGUCGAAGUUGCAUUUCAUCCAUAUACGCGACAUUAA